AUGGUAGAUGGAGGUGUUGAAUUUCGGGGUGAUGUUAUUAGAUUAAUGAAUAAAUAUGGUAUCAAUAUUCUAAUAGCUAAUUCUAAAGAAAGUAUGGGUAUUGUUGAAAAUUUUAAUAAGACAUUACAAGAAUGGUCAUCUAUUAUUCAAGAUGCUGUUGAUAUGAGAUUACCUAUAUCAGAAC